AUGAACGUGCUCAUAGUGAGGCCUCUUGUCGAACGUCUGUUUCACCCAAAGGACAUCACCACCGUUUACUGCUUGCUGGCCAACCGCCUCUACUUCCUCCGCCAGCAAGCCACCUCCGUCCACCAGCCUGUCAACAUCGCCCGCGCGACGCUCUGCGAGCUGGUCGCCAUCCGCGUCCUCCGCCGUUUCCACGAAGCCAACCCGGGCUCCCAGGGCCUGCUCUUCCUCUCGCACAUCCUCGUCGGCGGCUUCGACCCCUUCGACGGCGCCCCGGAGGCCGUUGAGUUCGAGGGCCGCCGCCAGUGGGCCGUCCAGGAGCGCGGCGGCCUCGAGCGCAAGCUCACGGCCCUCGAGCUCGCCAUCCUGUCCGAGAGCAAGACCUUCAUCAGCUCCCCCGGCUGCCAGCGCGUCGUCAACGCCGUCUACGAGGGGCGCGUCAUCUACACCCCCUUGUCCUUCGUCGACAUCCUCCCGGACCACUACAAGUACCACCCCAUUUCCCUUUACGACCCGCGCAAGGCGCCCAUCCUGAACCACUACCGCCUCAUCGUCCCGCGCUCCCGCAACUUCAUUGAGUUCGUGCAGUUCCUGGUACUGAUGGUCCUCUACUUCCUCGCCAUGCUCUACCGCCGGAGCAGCAACGAGAUCUUUGAGUUCCUGUUUUGCAUCUACGCCGCCGGCUGGGUGCUCGACGAGUUCGCCGCCAUCAUCGAGCACGGCUGGGAGGUGCACGCGCAGAACCUGUGGUCCUGGCUCGACGUCACCUUCUCCGUCAUCUACGGCGCCUACGUGGUCGCGCGCAUCUACGACGUCGGCGCCGGCCACUUCCCGGACGGCCACGGCCUGCACAUCCUCCCGCUCGCGGCGCCCAUCCUGCUGACCCGCAUCGCCUUCAACAUCGCCCCGGACAACAUUGUGCUCAUCUCCCUGCACGCCAUGAUGAAGGACUUUUUGCUGCUGUCGUUCCUCGCGUGCUGGUGCUUCAUGGGCUUCCUGCUGGCGCUGCAGUGGCUCAUCGACUCCAACGACAACUUCAACGAGACGCCCUCGUGGUUCACAAUCUGCAAGUGGAUGCUCUGGAUCUGGUUCGGGCUCGACGGCACGGGCAUCGAGGAGUCGGUGCAGUUCCACAUUGUUCUGGGCCCCGCCCUCAUGAUCGGCUUCGCGUUCCUCGGCAACACGCUGUUCCUGACCAUCCUCGUGGCCAUGCUCACAAACACCUUUUCCAAGAUCAUCGCCGACGAGACCGCCGAGGUGCAGUUCCGCCGCGCCGUCCUGACCUUCGAGGGCGUAAAGAGCGACGCCAUCUUUGCCUACCCGCCGCCCUUCAACAUCUUUGCCCUUGUGACGCUGCUGCCGCUGCGGUUCCUGGUCUCGCCCGAGACGUUCCACCGGGUCAACGUCGCCCUCAUCCGCGCGCUGAACCUGCCGACGCUGCUGCUCAUCAGCCUCUACGAGAGGCGCCAGUUCUCGCGGCGGUCGAGGGCCAAGACGGGCUCUUCAUUGUUGAGUUGGAAGUUCUCGGGCUUCUCGCCGCACGGCGAUAUCCAGGCCGUGUUCGAGACGGCGCCGCCGCCGGACGUGGCGGACUUGAUUGAGGAGUUGGACAAGCUUGGGGACGAGGGGUCUGUUGCGGAUGAGGUUGCGGUACCGCGCAACGAGCGGCUGCAUCUGCCUGAACCCGAUCCUCCCGUCCCGAAUGACGGGGCCCGUGGACUUGUCGUCGUAAAACUCAAAGAUGGGCAAAUCGUUGAUGAGGAACUUGACCUCGCGCUUGUCCUUGAUGACCUCGAUCUUGUAAAACGCCCCGGCGGCAUCGGGCACGGGCGGCAGCGGAUCCGCGCCCUGGGCGACGAGGUGGAACCCGGGCGACUUGCGCAGGUUGGCGAGGUGGAAGGCCCUCUCCUCAGGCCAGCGCCUCCGGAAGUAGGACGCGUGCAGCGUGCGGAUGUCGGAGGAGUGGUACUGCGGGUAGCUGCCGUUGCGCGGCUUGAGGGACGGGUCGAAGAUGGAGCCCUUGCCGUCAUCGGCGGCGGAGGCGGCGCCGAAGAAGAACAUGGCCAGGCCCGGCUCGUUGCGCGGAGAGAACUCCCACGUGAUGCGGAUGCCGUCGGGGAACACCUCGGGCACCCAGUAGACGAAGUAGUCGGCCUCGUUGCCGGCGCCCGAGAGCUCAAUGGUUGA